AUGCCUUCCCCGCCCGCGCCCCCCCCUCCUCCAGGCUCCAGCCAGCGAGCCCCCAAAGCCUCUCCUGCCACCACCCCCCGCUCUGCCGGCCCUCUGACGCCCAGGGGCCACGGGUGGGAGGCGCCAGCAGGCAGAGCCAGCGCCCUUCCUCCUCCUCCUCCUCCUCCCGGGCGGGGAUCCCGUCGAGGGAUCCGUGGGCCACCCACCCGCCCGCCCGCCAGGCGCUGCAGCCCAGGCGGGAGUCUGGGCGUCGCUCGCUCCACCCUGUCGUCGUUACCAGCGGAGGAGGCGCGCCGGCUGCUUCAGCGGCCCCUGCGCUGCGCUCCGGCCUGCCCGCGGACUGAGGGAGGGACUCGGUCGAGCCGCCGCUUCUGCCUCUCGGGAGCCCGGAGGAAGCCCCCCGCCAGCCGUCCCAGCCCCGCCCGCCCCCGCUGCAGGCAGCCAGUCCCAGCGCCAGCCCCGGCCUCUUUGCUGCUUCGCGCCGCAGAUGGCUAUCUGUCGCUCUGCGCCCGGCCUGACUUUCCGGUUUGGAGCGCGCGGCGCAGCUCCCCUCCGCCUGGUUCCUUCCCCGCCUCUCCCAGCAACAGGAACCCCGACGGCGGGCCCACGUGGAGCAGAGCAGGGCCGCGCCCGCUCCCCGCCCUCCCCUCUCCUCCCCUCCCGAAGGGCUCCCGGGCUGCUGCGACCUGGGCGCCCCCGGGCCACCGGAGAGGAAGCGCCUGCUCAGCCUCAGCGCUCCCGCCGACCCAGCUGGCUCACUCGCCGCCUGCCCGCCGCCCUUCCCCUCCCUCCUCGGCAGGCAUGAGAGCCUCCCGCGUCCUCUGGCCGGCCACAGGGGUGAGUGGAAUGCCGACUUGGAGGGCCCCGCCUUGGCCUGACCAGCAGGCUCUCCAGGGCUCCGUGGCUGGAGGGAUUCGCCGGAAGAAUUGGACACCAGAUCACACCAUGAGGACAGGAAAAGACCACGUGUAUUGCAAAGGUGCUGGUCAGGACCCAUUGCUCACCGGUUGA